AGACAUUUCGGAUUUCAACAUUUUAGCGACUUCAGCCACUUUGCUCUGUCGAAAAAAGGCAUCCGCGGAUAAUUCUUCUGUUUUGAUUUCAGCUUUUAGUAACUGCAGCCGCCCACUCUACUGAAAGAAAUUUUAUCCGCUUUUUAGAUUUGUGUACUUCAGUGAUUUCAACAACCCCACUCGUAAGUAAAAAAUUCAGUCAUUAAUCUCGUUCGAAGACUCUCAGACUUUUGGGAACUAGGUAAGCCAGUUCGCAACUUCCUGAUUUCUGGAAUUUGCUGUCCACUCGGAAAAAAAUAUUCUUUCGCUAGUUUCCUUUUCUGAUUAUUCAGUGUUGUCCAUGCGCUAGUUGGCGCAAGAGUUCGUUUCUGCAUUGUUUGGGCUUGGUAAAUUGAUUUCACGGGGUGCAGGAGCGAAACGAAUAGAGUCGACCAAUAGUGUUGCUGAUAAACUAGAACUAGAGGUCCUGCUUUGUCGGCUUGGUGACAGUCUACACACUGACUCAAUUUACACAUCAUUGAAAGUAUGGCAGAAUCAAACAAAUUGAAGUUUGACAAGGACAAGCACAUUCGAUUUUUCACAAGAACAUUACAAGUUUUGCCCAGUCGAUAUGAGGUUUUGGACUCCAACAGGUUGACCAUUGCGUUCUUCGCGGUAUCUGGACUAGAUGUAUUGAAUUCUUUGAAUAAGUUGUCUUCAUCAACUAAGAAAGAGAUUAUUGAUUGGAUCUAUAGUCUUCAAGUUGUUCCAGAUAAACAUGGAAGCAAUAAACGUAAAUGUGGGUUUCGAGGUUCAACUACAAAUGGAGUAACCACACAUAAAGACAUAAAGGUAGCUGAAGUGGCACAUACCUUUGAUAGUGGACACAUAGCGAUGACAUAUACUGGACUUGCAUGUCUAAUUAUUCUUGGGGAUGACUUGUCCAGAGUUGAUAAAACUGCAUGUUUGGAGGGAUUGAAAGCUUUACAAUUAAAAGAUGGCAGCUUUGAAUCAACCUUGGAUGGAAGUGAGAAUGACAUGAGAUUUAUUUAUUGUGCCAGUUGCAUCUGUACAAUGCUUGAUGAUUUUUCACCAAUAAAUGAAAGUCUUGCUGUUAGUUAUAUCAAAAAAUCGAAGUCAUAUGAUGGUGGUUUUGGUCAAGGACCGGGCCAGGAAAGUCACGGUGGUUCAACUUAUUGUGCAAUAUCUUCUCUUUUAUUAUUAAAUCAACUUCAUAAUGCAUUUUCACAGAAGGAAAUUAUGAGAUUACAAAGGUGGUGUUUGAACAGACAAAAAUCAGGAUUUCAUGGAAGACCCCAUAAAGAUGAUGACACUUGCUAUUCCUUCUGGAUUGGUGCUUCAUUGAAGUUGAUCGGAUCUUUGGAACUGUGUGACUGGCACGAAAAUGAACAGUAUAUUAUAUCAACGCAAGAUUCAGUUAUAGGAGGUUUUGGUAAAUGGCCACAAAGCCAUCCAGAUGCAUUACAUGGUUAUAUGGGAUUGUGUGGAUUAUCAAUGAUGGGAAUGCACAAUCUAAGUCCGAUAAAUCCUGCGUUAAAUAUUACCCAACGUGCUUCAGAUCAUAUGUUUUCACUACACAGAACUUGGCAUGAAGAAAAAUUAAAAAACCAAUCACCUACAUUGACUGAUGCAAUGGGGACUCAUUUUGGUACAACAGUAAUGGCUUUUGUAAUUGGACUGGGCGCCGUUUUUUUACCAUGGAUAUAUUCUAAUUUCUCUGGAGCUGAAUAAUUUUCUUCCAACUUUUCUCAUUGCCUUUCAUAUUGUCAUACAUGGAAAUCCCACACAUGGGGAAGUGAAAUAAAAUUUUGAUGCUGUUUUUUAUCGCACCUUAGCAUAAUUUGUAUCGAAGUUUCUCCUUUUGGAUUCGUGUAAAGAAACUUGCUAAUCAUUUAUCAAAGCUUUUUAUCAUGUUUAUUGAGUUAUAUUAGUUUCUUAUUCCAAACUUUUUUUAGUAGCAAAUUGAAAGUAUUAAAACAUGUACAGCUGGUAAGAAGUGAAUGAUAUAAUUUAGCCAAAGUUUUAAUUAAAAGUGUAUUCAUAUAUAUAUUAUAAUGGGACCAAAACGUAAAACCUACAACUGCUAUCACAGGCGGAACUGGAGAAGAAUGGACUGCGUCAAUGGGCAAACUCGCCUAGUGUUUGAUAAGUUGGCUAAACUAAAUUGUUCACUCUUCACCAAUUGUGCAAUUGCUAUAAGUAAGGCUAAUUCUGGUAGCAAAUUGACCCAUAGCUGGUUGGGUUUAGAGUCAAGCUACUGAACUAGAGAUCUUUAAGCAUCAUGUGAUGGAAUAUCAAAUUAAGGUGUAUGUAUGGCAUAUAGAAAUGAAAUUAUAUGAGCGGGCUUCUCAAGAACAAUCAUAGAAAUGAAAUGGGACCUCCUGAAGUAUGUGCACCAAGUUGGCGCACAACCUGAACUCAGGUUGUGUACCAGGUUAAGCUUCAGGUUAUGCAACAUCUUGGUGCGCAUACUUCAGGAGCACCAUGAAAUGAUAUGAGCGGGCUUCUCAAGAACAGUCCGACGUAUGUCGAAACAAAGUAGGGCGUGGGGACACGGGCAAUAAAUUAAAUGGGACGCAUCACAAUUAUCAGAUGCUUUGUUUUUCUACUUUGUUGUUUCACUGAUUAUCUUCUUCAUUCAAACAUACUCUGAUUUAGAAUAUAUCGUGAUAUUUAAAUCAGUUUUUAUUAUCUGAUUAAGAUUUGAAAAAGAAAGACUUUUUGAUAUAA